CAAAAUUGUCGUUGCAGCGCCCGGGACGCGAAGCUGCGGCACGGAGAACGCAAGAAAUAAUACAGCGCAAAAAAACUAAACAAAAGUUAGUCGCGAGUGCGUCGCCCAACAACAACAAUUAUCAGUGCCAAAAGUCAAGCAACUAAAAUCGCAAAGAGGGAAAAAUCCAACUGAAAGUGCAAUUGGAAAUUCGAAAUUCGUAUUGAUUUUCUUGUUUGUGUGUGCGCGGGUCCGUGAAAAACGCAACAAAAGCAAAAGCAACCACUUCCAGACUUCCCAAUCAGCUACUUCCUUUUCUUCCACCUAGCGGUAAUCAUUGCCAAUUGGAACCGCGAUCUUUGCUUUCCAGCGACAGAAACAACAAUGUAGACAAGUGCAAUUGUUGUUGUUGUGUAGUUGUAGUUAUUAAACAAGAUUAAGUGAGAAAGGGAGAGAUAGGGACAACAACAAAAGCGAAAGUUUUAUUGAAUACGUUUGUAUACAUUAGUGUUGUAUGUGUGUUGUGCGAAAAGUGGUGGAUAAAUAUAGGCAAUAAUAAAAGCAAAUUUGAAUUCAAAUGCAAAUCUUUGCCAGUAAAAAAGGGUGUAUCUGCAAAAAUCGCUUGAUAAAUUUUAAAUGCAGGGAGUGGCAGGCUAAGUUGGAAUUUUUCGGCUAAACUUGAAGCUCACAACCAGCGACAAAAUGUGGAUACCUUCGAACAACAAAUACGGAGUUGCCAUCCACAAUUGGCAUGGCGAUGUCCGGUUUGGUUUGGCACUGGACGUCGGCGAUUCUGUGGACAUUGUGGAGGAGUGCAAGUACUGGUAUCGCGGCUCCUGUCCCAGAAAAUCCCGGGCUGUGGGCCUCUUUCCAAAAACCUACAUAAACAUUAAGGAUUUGUCGAAAAUCGAUCCCGUGGUCGCCGAAUGUACGCAGGUCCUGCGCGAAUGGUCCGAGAUCUGGAAACGACUCUAUGUGGAUCGCGAAGCGUACAAAUUCCAAACCCUGCGCAAAGUUAUGUUUUCCAUAUUGGAAAGUCGUCGGGAACUCUUGAGUGCCACCAUGACUCAAGAUCAGACACUGGAGCUUCAGAUGGUUGUGGUUUCAAAAAUCGAUUGGGGCAAUCGCAAACUCGCUCUCGACUUGGUGCCCAGAGAGGGACCUCUGGCGGUGGAUCCACAUGGCAUCGGCAUUGUCAAGUUAUACAAUGUCCACGUGAACAGUGCUGAUAACGCCAAGGCCUCCUCAAGUCGAGGAACUUUGAGGCGUAAGACACAGCGCAAGAUCCUCACCCACCAUCUCUACUUUUGCAUGCGCGACUUUGGCCAUCGGAUAGGUGGCGAUGAUGCCGAGGUGUACUUCUUUCUCUACGACGGCAGUCACAUGCGACCACUGUCCGAGCGGUUUCUGGUCAAGAUGUCCAAAGACGGUUUCUCCAAUUACAUUGAAAAGUUGCACAGCAACUGCACGGUGUUUACUGAUCUUGGCGCCGCUGAUCUCAAUGAGGAUCUUCAUUUGGUGGCCGUGGUGAUGCGCGUGGGCAAGAUCAUUCAAUCGGACUCCAUAAAGAAGAUCGAGAAGAGUGCCUCAUCUGGACAUGGACCAACUUUCCGUCGUCCGUUUGGCGUGGGUGUUCUCUCGUUGGGCGACAUUGCCCACUUUGAUAGCAGUCUGGAGCAGUCCUCCGAUGAGAGGGAGUAUAACUUCAAGCUGUUCCAGAGCGAAGAAAAGGACUUUCACCUGCUGCCGGAACUGAUUAUCAAGAAGUCGAGUGGAAAAUACUCGCCCAUCCAGACGAGUCAGGGAACUCAGGGAAUUGUUGUGUCCCUAAAACUUCUGCACGGGGGCUUGGGACAGGCUCGUCAGGAACAGCCGCUGCUCUUCCAGGGCUCGACGAUCACCAGGAAGAUGGGCUUCCCGGAUGUCAUCAUGCCUGGAGACGUCCGCAACGAUCUCUUUCUCACCCUGGAACGCGGUGAAUUUGAGCGAGGUGGAAAGAACACUGGGAAAAAUAUCCUUGUGACAGUUGUGGUUCUGGAUGAAACGGGCAAUGUUCUAACCGACUGUUUGUGGGGUGCUUCCGGCAUGGACCCACAGCUGCUGUACCGAUCCAUGAUCCUGUAUCAUCAGAAUGCACCUAGUUGGAACGAAAUGCUGCGCCUCAGUGUGCCCAUCGACAAGUUUGCCACGGCUCAUGUGAGAUUUGAAUUCAGGCACUGCUCAACGAGAGAUAAAACGGAACCGAAGUUGUUCGCCUUCAGCUUUGCCAGACUGAUGGACACGGGAGGAGCCACUCUGGGCGAUGGUCAGCACGAGUUGUAUGUGUACAAGUGUGAGGAUGCAGCGAAAUUGCAGGCCUCAAAUUAUCUGCGGCUGCAAAGUCGACCGCGGGAUGCACAGGCCAAGAUGGAUUGUGGUGGUUGUUUCAGUCGCAGCUCCAAGGAAGUGUUCGUCCUGCGCUCCCUGCUCUGUUCCACGAAACUGACGCAGAAUGCGGACCUCCUCUCGUUGCUGCAGUGGCGCACUUAUCCCGAAACGAUACAGGAUUCGCUGACAGGAGUGCUGCGCCUGAAAGAUGAAGAAUUGGUCAAGUUCCUGCAGGACGUGCUAGACGCAUUGUUUGCCAUGUUCUCGAAUGAGGAGGGAAACAGCACUCAGCACUCGGGUCUGGUCUUUCAUGUGCUUGUUAGCAUCUUCAGCUUGCUGCAGAGCAACAAGUUCCAGCACUUUCGGCCGGUGAUGAACGAGUAUAUUGAGAAUCACUUUGCUGCCGCUUUGGUUUACAAGGGACUCAUUACAUCCGUGGAGCACAUGGCCGUGUUUAUGACCAAGGCAGAGCACCCCGAUCCCUUCCAGAAGUGCUUCGGCUCACUGGAAUACAUAUUCAAGCUGUUAAUUCAGUCGAGGCGACUGUUUGCAAGGGCUACAGGUGGGCAGUAUGAGGACUCGUUCCGCCGGGAUCUCCACUCCCUUUUUACGGCCCUCAACGGAAUGCUGGCUGUUCCCUCGUACGAUGUUAUUAUUCCCACCCAGGAGGCGCUGCUUAAUUCGACGGGUGUGGUGCUGGAGCAGUUAAAGGACACGCUGCCAGCUCCGGAGUUGGGCAUGUUGGCGCGGAAUAUGCUAGAUGCCAUUCCCCGAGGAGCUCCUAUUCGGCUAAUUCAAGCGAAAUUGCAUGCUGUCAAGGAUCUGGUGUCUGGGGAGUUAUUCCACGAGGAUGAUUCGCGCACUGUGGUACUUUCUGUGGCCUGCAAGCACCUGCGAAUGCAUCUUGGCCGACGUGAUGAAUUGCGUCUGUGCGCCGAGAUUCUGUCGGAGAUUCUUAGCCAGUUGUAUGAUUUGCAGAAGGAGCAGCGGGAUAAGGUGACCAACACACUCCAGCACGAUGUUGACUCGCUGUGCAAGAAUAUACUGGGAAUUCUUAUCCGCACUAUUAGCAUUAUAAUGGAGGGUUCCAAUGCAGUGUUACCGCAGUUGGUCUCAUGUCUGCUGGGUUUGUUGCAGCUGCUUGACGAGACCCACUACAAGCGCUACUGGGACGAGCUGAGUCCCAACAAAGAUCCGCGUGAUCUCAAGGAGUUCCUGAGCAAAUCCUGGCUGGUGUACGAGGAGCUUCUGACCCAAGACUGGCAUGUGUUCCCCAACGACUGGCUUGUGAUGAAGUUGGCCGCCAACGAUGUGCUGCGUAUGUCGCUGGAGGAGUUCGCUAAGCCCCUGGUGUACAGAUUCUUGGGACCCCAGGCCUUUGAUUCGCAGCUUUGGUGGAGCUAUUUCAGUCUGGCCGUUUCAUUCUUGACACAGCCCUCCCUGCAGUUGGAGCAAUAUAGAGAGCCCAAGCGACUGAAGAUACUCCACUCGCAUGGCGACAUGCGGGUACUCAUGGGCUUCCAGAUACUCAGCAUGUGGUCGCAACUGGGCGAGCAAAAACUGCACUUUAUUCCCUCGAUGGUGGGGCCAUUCCUGGAGGUCACAUUGGUACCAGAGCACGCUUUGCGAAAGGCCACGCUUUCGGUUUUUUACGACAUGAUGCAGUGCGAGCAGGCUGCCCGAGGUUCGUUCCGUUUGGUGGAGAGCGAACUGAUUGACAAGCUGGACCUGCUCAUCAGCGAGAACAAGGGUGACGACGAGUAUAGGGAGCUUUUCAGCACCAUUCUGCUGGAGAAAGUACAAGUGGAGAAUCCGAACUGGAAGGAUGCUGGCAUUGCUUUUAUAGGCUCAGUCACCCGACUUUUGGAGCGACUUUUGGACUAUCGCAGCGUAAUGCAGGGCGAGGAGAACCGAGACAAGCGAAUGACCUGCACUGUCAAUCUCCUUAAUUUCUACAAAAACGAAAUUAAUAGGAAGGAGAUGUAUCUGAGAUACAUUUAUAAGUUGCACAACUUGCAUCUGCAGGCUGAGAAUUACACAGAGGCGGGAUUCACUCUCAAAUUAUAUGCCUCCAUGCUGAGCUGGGAUCGGGAGACCCCGAGUUCUACCCCCUUCGAAAACACUGAACAGCCAGAGUGGCAGCGCAAGGAGCGACUAUAUCAUGAUAUCCUCAAAUACUUCGACAAAGGCAAAUGCUGGGAGAAGGGCAUUCCAUUGUGCAAAGAACUUGCGCAGCUCUAUGAAACACGUCGGUUUGACUAUAACAAGUUGAGUGAAAUACUCAUACAGGAGGCCAAAUUCUUCCAAAAUAUCCUUACUCAAUUGCGACCGGAACCAGAAUACUUUCGGGUGGGAUUCUAUGGUAUGGGAUUGCCACUUUUUGUGCGGAACAAGCAAUUCGUCUAUCGUGGAUUGGAGUACGAGCGAAUAGGUGCCUUUACACAGCGGCUGCAAAUGGAGUUUCCCAGUGCCCAGAUCUUGGGAAACAACAGUCCGCCGGAUAUCGCCAUUCUGAAUGCUCCGGAUCAGUACAUACAAAUUAGUAAUGUGAGACCCGUUGGGGAUGCGCAGGCCUUGAAGUCGGCUAUGGUUCCGGUGCCGGAGAAAAUCGCUCGUUUUUAUGAAGUCAACGAUGUGACCCGGUUCAUCUACGAUCGGCCAAUGUACAAGGGAACAGUGGACAAAGACAAUGAGUUUAAGUCGUUGUGGAUUGAGCGUACCAUCCUGGAGAUCGCCAGUCCUUUGCCAGGAAUUCUUCGCUGGUACGAGGUAAAACAAAAGACUAUGCAGGAGCUAACACCGGUGGAGUACGCCUGCGAAAUCAUCAGCAAUGCUGGCAAGGAACUGUCUGAGCUGAUUGUGCAAUACAAACGCGAUCCGAAGAGGAAUAUUAAUCCGUUUUCGAUGCGUUUGCAAGGCACGAUCGAUGCUAAUGUCAUGGGCGGUAUUAGCAAGUAUCAGGAGGCCUUCUUCUCCGAGCAGUUCCUCAAAUCGCCUCAGGGUGCCGGCCAGCAGGCUAAUGUGCAGCGCCUAAAGGCACUGAUCCUGGAGCAAAUACAAAUUCUAGAGCAGGCCCUAGAGCUACAUGGCCAAUUGGCUCCCAGUGGUGUCCAACCGCUGCACAAUCGACUCCUGGAACGCUUCUCGCAACUGAAGCAGAGUUUAUCCGGCAUGGGGAGACUGAAAAGACAGCACUCGGAGAGCAUUGUGAACACUCCGCUUCCACCUUUGCCCACGGAACAGCGUGUGGCGCAGGCAACCGCUUCCUCCACUUUGAAUGCUAAUUCUCACACCAACUAUGUUUAUGAUCUGGACGAGAUCUACACGAGGCCGGGAGACACAUUGCGGCCGGUAGACCCUUAUCAAACGCUGAGCAAAGAGAGCCUCAGUAUUCCCUUGGAGGAUACUGCAGCUCCCCCAGUGCCAAAUCGUCCACGGUCGCAAAAUUUUAUGGGUAAUGGAGCCAUGGAUAGUCCGGAAGUUCCGCCCAAGCGGCAGCCGACAGUAAAUUCCCCCAAUGCUCCGCCGCUACCACCGCGUGGAAUUACACCAGAUAAGAGGGCCUCAAAUCCAAUGAUUUUUAAUGACUUUGGCGGCGCUGAUGCCGUGGGUCGUCGUCACUCUCAGCAGCAACAGCAGCAUGGCCAGAAGUACUCCGUGGUGGACAUUAGCUACGACGAUCCCGAGGCCGAUCAGCAGCCACACUCGCUGCCACCGAACUUCCAGGACGGCAGCGGAGGACACCUGAGCAUCUGUUUUGCUCCCAACGACUUUCGGGACUCGGGCAUCUCGACGACUAGCUCCAGGGAAUUGAACCACAUGAAUCUCAACAACCUGAGCGAAGACUCAUCAUCGAUUUCGGCCAUCACAGUGCAGCAUAGGGAGCACUGUCGCAUUAGCAGCAAUGGCAGUUUGGACUACAAUGCCAGCGCAUCGAUGAACAUCACACAACGCGAGAGUUCAACGAGUUCGUUUGAUGUGGAGGAUUUUCCGGUGCCACCGCCGCCCAUUCCACCCAAAUCAUUGGGCAUAUCGAGCAACGGGGUCAUCAUUGCAGGCGAUGAAGCCCAUUCGCCGAAUCCCAGCACACAAACGCACACUACACAACUCAAUCAUAGUCAGAAUCCAAAUCAAAAUCAUUCCACAAACAGUCAUCAUCAUCUCGUCCAUCAGCAGCAGCAGAAUGGAGAUGGGGAUGGUUAUAGCAUGGUGCAGCACCAGGUCAACGGAUUGGGGUUAGCUACUCUUCCGCCACCGCCUGCUGCUGCUGAAGCCCCUCUACCACCGGCAUCUGCAAUAACCUCAUCUUCAUCUAGUCAUCAGCACGAUGGCGGCACUUUUUGAGUUACAAUAUGUCGCUGCCAUCAUCCACCCGAUCAACCGCAUCAGCCACACAAGCCAUCCUCAUCCACAUCGACGUCGGACAGCGCAGCUACAGAAACGGUCUCGGAAUCCACGGACUCCAGUUCGUCUACCCACUCGAUGACGCCGCCACCGCCUCCUCCGCCGCCGCCAUCAUCCUUUAGCCAGUUUCAUCAGCAGAUGGUAGCUACGCCCCAUUACUGCCAGGAUUGUCUGUCCUCGCCGUCGCCACCACCCGCAAUCAUCACAGAACAGGCUCAAGUGCAUGCCACGCCGGGAUUGACAAUACCCCAGUCCCACAUCGAACACUGCUCUUGUGGCCUGAGUUUCUCGGUGGAACAGGAUCAGCAGGAGCAGAUUGGCCCAAGGCUGCUCUCCUCAAGGUUCUCCACGCUGGAACGGCAGUCGCACGGCUUUCAGGUGGAGCAGGUGUCCGGAUGCCAGCAUCAUUAUCACCAGCAGAGUCCCCUUUAUCAUCUCCCCCAAAGUAGUCAGGAUGCACAUGCUCAGACGGAUUUCUCCUAUGCGCAGCGCUAAAAAAUAGACCAAGUGCAGGUUUCUUCGUGACCCACAGAGAGUGAGAUUGAAGUUCGCUUAGUUUUUACGAUUAUUAUGUUUUACUAUGUUUUUAAAAAUGUCCUCCAUAGAACCCACGAUAUUUCGAACUAGCUUAAUAUAUUUUAUACACUUUUAUUAUUUUUGGUGCCAAAUUUUUGCUGCAAGUCCAAAGCGCAAUAUAAACAAAUGUUGUAAUGAUAUAGGUUGCUUAUACAAUUUUAUAAUGCAUAGUUUUAUUAUUAUUUUAUUAUAUAUUUAUACACGGGGAAUUGUCGCUAAAGUUACUAAGAAGAAUAAUAAGAGAUACGAGAAUAAAGAUGAACACAGUUUUAUAACUAAAGAGAAUAUCAAAUACUAAAACCAAAAUACAGAACUCUAAUCAAAAAAGGUCAACGCAAAAUAUAUACACUGAAAACAAAGCAGGAAACUGACAAAAUGUGCAAUGCAGUUUUUACUUUAACGAACAUAUUUACAAAAAUAUAGAGAUAUACACGACUACUACAUAUAUGCGAAAAGCAAUUAGGAAUUUUAAAGUGCUACUAGCUUCAUAACGAAUCAGAUAAGUUUUCCAUUUUUGUAAAUUUUUAAAUAAACUUAUUUAUAUAUCUGUAUGUAUGUAUCUGCAUAUACUUUAAAACGCGCAUCAAUCAAAAGCGUUUAACUCGUAUUUAAACUACAACUAGUCAAAAACUCAAAUAAAAACAUUUAUUAUUACGAAAGAAAAGUAUAAAA